AUCUAUGCAGUUGAGCAGCUUAAUCUCAAAACCCAAAGACAUUCAAAGCCUUCAUCAGGAAAUAGUGGAACAAACACUUGGAAUGAAGAGGAAGAGAAAAAGCAGAUCACUUGUUCUAGGAAUGGCCUCAAAGAGGGUGGAGAGGAAGAAGAGGUCAAACUAAUGAACGGAAUUUGCAAUCCCACAUUGAGGAAACCACUGAAUAUAGAAGAAGACCUUUUUCUUUAAUUCGAACAUCUUUUAUCUGGUGAGAUGGACUUUCCAUUGCCCGGUAAUAUUUAUGAUUCAGAAAAUGCAAAGAAAGAUCAAAAUGAGAUAGAACAAUUAAGAAACCUUGUCAAAGAGCUUGAGGAGAGAGAAGUGAAGCUUGAAGCAGAAGUGUUGGAAUAUUAUGGGUUGAAGGAGCAAGAGUCAAACAUUCUUGAGCUACAAAAACAUCUCAAAGUUAAGGCAGUGGAGAUUGACGUGCUCAAUAUUACCAUAACCAGAUUGCAGGAUGAGAAGAAAAGGCUUCAAAAGAAGGUUUCUAAGUUCUCUUUUGCCAGAAAAGAGUUAGAGGAGGCAAGGAACAAAAUAAAGGAGAUGCAGAAGCAGAUUCAGGUUGAGGAAACCGAACAAAAGAACAGUUAUUGUUGCUUAAGCAACAAGUUAGUGUACUUCAAGCAGAGGAGCGAGAAGCCUUGAGAGGUGAUGCUGAGAUGGAGAAGAUGGUCAAAGUUCUAAAGGAGUUGGAGGUGGAAGUUAUGGAGCUUAAGAGGAAGAACAAAGAGCUUCAGAUUGAGAAGAGAGAAUUGGCGAUGAAGCUAGAUGCUGCUGAAGCCAAAAUGAAAUCCCUCCCCAACAUGAAAGAGGUAAUAGUUUUUUCUUUAAAUGAAGUUUUUAUGUUCCU